AUGCUGGGAGGCCUGGGGAAGCUAGCUGCCGAAGGCCUGGCCCACCGCACAGAGAAGGCCACCGAGGAAGCUGUUCACGUUGUGGAGGGAGUGGUGAAGGAGGUGAUAGAUCAUGCUAAGGAGGCUGGAGAGAAAGCCAUUGCUGAUGCUUUAAAGAAGGCCCACGAGUCUGGGGACAAAGUGGUAAAAGAAGUCACUGAGACAGUGACCAACACAGUCACGAAUGCUGUCACGCAUGCAGCAGAAGGCCUGGGCAAACUGGGACAGUGA